AUGUCACGUGGUGAAUAUGCAUUAGCAAGGAUUGAUGAUAUCAUAAAUUUAUGUCAAAGAAAUUCGAUUUGGCCAUUAACUUUUGGUUUAGCUUGUUGUGCAGUUGAAAUGAUGCACUUUGCUGCUCCCAGAUAUGAUAUGGAUCGUUAUGGCGUUGUUUUUCGUGCAUCACCUAGACAGACAGAUUUGAUGAUUGUAGCGGGUACAGUAACAAACAAAAUGGCACCAGCAGUGCGUCGAAUUUAUGAUCAAAUGCCAGAACCGAAAUGGGUAAUAAGUAUGGGUUCAUGUGCAAAUGGUGGUGGGUAUUAUCAUUAUGCAUAUUCAGUUCUAAAAGGUGUUGAUCGUAUAAUUCCUGUAGAUAUAUAUAUACCAGGAUGCCCACCAUCUGCAGAAGCAUUGCUGUAUGGUGUUCUGCAGUUGCAAAAGAAAAUAAAACGGAAACGAGAGGCUCAAAAGUGGUAUAGGCGUUGA